AUGGCCCUCAUCAGCUUCACCAUGGACUUCACCGUCUCCAGGAUGCUGAAUGUUCACCGCUGGCUUCAGCAAGAGUUGGGGGGACACACACUGCUCCGCUACCUCUCCUGGGUGGUCUACCCCAUCGCCUUGGUGUCUUUCUCCACAGGAUUUGCUCAGAGCAUAACACCUCACUCCGGAGGCUCUGGAAUCCCAGAACUGAAGACCAUCCUCAGCGGGGUCAUCCUGGAGGAGUAUCUGACCAUAAAGAACUUUGGAGCCAAGGUGGUGGGUCUGACCUGCACCCUGUCCGCGGGCAGCACCAUGUUCCUGGGCAAAGUGGGUCCCUUUGUUCAUCUCUCCAGCAUGAUUGCCGCGUACCUGGGUCGAAUGAGGUCCUCGGUCACUGGGGACUAUGAGAAUAAAAGUAAGGAGCACGAGAUGCUGGUGGCGGCCGCGGCGGUGGGCGUGUCUACAGUAUUCGGAGCUCCAAUAAGCGGCGUGCUGUUCAGCGUGGAAGUAAUGUCAUCGCAUUUUGCUGUCAGAAAUUAUUGGCGUGGAUUCUUCGCUGCGACCUGCGGGGCGUUUAUGUUCCGACUUUUGGCUGUCUUCAACAGUGAACAGGAGACAAUUCUGGCCAUCUUCAAGACCAGCUUCAGGAUCUCGUUUCCCUUUGACCUCCCGGAGAUGUUCUUCUUCAUGAUUCUGGGGGUGAUCUGUGGGACGGUGAGCUGCGCCUAUCUCUUCUGCCAGCGCUGGCUCCUCGGCUACGUCAGGCGGAGUCCCAUCACCUCCAGGCUGUUGGCGUCGGAGAAACCCAUGUAUUCAGCCUUGGUGGCCAUACUGAUAUCCACCAUCACAUUCCCGGACUUCUUGGGGCGGUUCCUGGCCUCCCGGCUGACUAUGAAGGAACUCCUCGUCUCGCUCUUCGACCACCGCACAUGGUGGACGCUUUCCCAGAAUGCCUCUGCGGAGCGGCCCGUGGGAGUUGACCCCAAACAACCUGUGGCUGGAGUGGGCGGACCCCCAAUUCACCAUCUUCGGUACGCUGGCAUUCUUCAUCGUCAUGAAGUUUUGGAUGUUCACGUUGGCGACCACCCUGCCCAUGCCCGCCGGGUACUUCAUGCCGGUCUUCAUAUAUGGGGCCGCUAUCGGGCGCUUGGUGGGAGAAACCGUCUCGUACAUUUUCCCGGGAGGCAUCACGUCAGACGGAGUGGCCAAUCCCAUCAUCCCCGGGGGAUACGCGCUGGCAGGAGCGGCGGCCUACUCGGGGGCGGUGACCCACAGCCUGUCUACGGCUCUGCUGGCGUUGGAAGCCACGGGUCAGAUCGCACACAUCCUCCCGGUGAUUCUGUCGGUUCUGGUCGCCAACGCCAUCUCCCAGAAGUUCCAGCCGUCCUUCUAUGA